AUGAAGAUCUCAAUUAGUUUCCUCGUCUUACCGCUCUGUGCAAGAGUCGUUCAUGGAGAGUGCCGAAUAGAUUCAAGCAAGUGCAAGAAGAACAUUGUUGUUCCAAUAUUUGGAUCAUUACUAUCAGCAGUGGCCCUCCUUCUAGUUAUAGUGCUCAUACUGGCAUGGAAGAUUAUAAGACUAAGAAAACCAGAUGGAGAAAAACGUAACAAAACACCUUUAGCAUCAAAGAAGUCUCAGUUUACUUAUGACGAGGUUUUAGAAAUCAUCGAAGACUUUCAAAUUGACAUAGGGAAAGGAGGUUUUGGGAUUGUGUACAAUGGCUACUUGAAAGAUGGCACUCAAGUUGCGGUUAAAAUACUUUCUCCAUUGUCAUCUACAGAGGUUGAGCUUUUGCCGAGAAUUCAUCAUAGAAACUUAACCUCACUUCUUGGAUAUAGUGAUGAUAGCAACAACUUGGCACUUAAAUACGGGUACAUGCCUAACGGAAACUUAAAAGAAUCUCUCUCCGAUAGAAAGCUCACAUAUGACUUGGGAACUGAGACAUCGGAUAGCAUUAGAUAUUGCGUUAGGUUGGUGCUUCGUGUUAUUUUGAUCGCCAAUAGAUUUGCAGAUGUAAACACUGCCAACAUUCUCUUAAGCGAAAAAUUGGAUGCAAAAAUAGCAAAUUUCAGUCUGUCCAUGGUUUUUCCCAAUGAUAAUAAGAUUCAUGUUGUGGCAUCGGUUAUGGGUACAGUGGGUUAUGGGGUAGUUCUAUUAGAGCUAAUUACUGGCCAACUUGCAAUCAUAGAAAGUGAUGAUCUUGACCACAUAGUGGAGUGGGUGAGUCCUGAGUUCCAGAAUGGGGAUUUAACAACUAUUUUGGAUCGAAGGAUUCGAGGAGAGUUCGAUGUGAAUUCGGUCUGGAAAGCAUUAGAGACAGCAAUGGCAUGCACAACUUUCACCUCCCAACAUAAAGCCAGCAUGGUUUUUGUGCUGUGCCAAUUAACACAAUGUUUGGAAAUGGAGGUGUCUAGGCAUCGAGAAAGAACUCCAGGCUAA